AUGGCUGACAGCACAUCUGACAAUAACAUCAACAAGCAAGAUCGCAAAGAAAAAGUUCCUGCUUUAUCUCAGUCUGCUCGAUCUGGUCUUCAAUUUCCUGUAGGUCGUAUUCACCGUUAUUUAAAAUCAAAAGGACAAAGCAACACACGCGUCGGUGCCAAAGCUGCCGUCUACACAGCUGCUAUUCUCGAAUACCUUACAGCUGAAGUACUCGAAUUGGCUGGUAAUGCUACAAAGGAUCUUAAAGUGAAGCGUAUUACUCCCAGACAUUUGCAGUUGGCUAUCCGAGGUGAUGAAGAGCUCGAUGCUCUCAUUAAGGCUACUAUUGCAGGUGGUGGUGUCCUUCCUCACAUCCACAAAUCACUUAUUGGCAAUACAAAGACAGGCAAAAAGAUCUAA